AUGCAGCCGCAUGGCCCGCUCGCUCAAUUAGCGAAUAACAACCGUUCAAUAGGAGUAAACGAAAGCGAUCCGCUUGAUGAGCCAUCCGCUCCGUUUGCUUCUGAAUUGCCUGUCCCUUCAGACUUGAGCAUUGGUCCUGAGAGUGAUUCAGCCUAUGAUGACGCCGAUGCUUCUGCAACACCGCGGCUCGGCUCUCCGUGUGGGUUUCAUACGUGGGGACCUAGUCAGUCGAAGCAGCGCUACCGUGAGAGGUUGAACGGAAGUGGAGGCAGCAGCUCAGCUACCGUUGGCCCAUCUCUCCUCUCCCCAUUGGUAUUGCGGGAAAAUUUUCCGUAUCCGGGAAUCAACAAGCGUCGAGCAUAUCACCCCCUAGAAGAUGAAGUAAGUCCUGGGGGCAGCAGUGUGCUACAACGUUCCUUUGUUGAUCCUGGACGGACUCCAACAGGAGAUCGUCAUCGACGCGUUAGGUCGAGGGGUUUCUCUCUCGGAGACCUGCAUGAGCACCACCCUUUGCAAUCGCUUUUCUUGCCGGAAAACUUACGAAUAGCUUCCAGUGCAACGCUGAACAUACCCGACCUGACGGAAUCUACGGAUUCUGCGGACCUUUCUCCGAUCAACCCUAUCCGGCAGCUGGACUCGCCAUUUCAUGGCAUCUCCCCCAGGCCAGCUCGAAGAGCUCCACGGCACUUGGCCGCCUUUAGUCUUGGGGCCUACGAUCAUGGUAUGUUUUCUUCAAUCUCAGAGACACUUGGACAAACUGCGAGCUCUCUUAAUCCUGAUGAUGGGCACUGA